AGAGUUGCCGGCGGAGCGGGAUUGGUGUCGGGAGCUGCUGCUCCCGCCGCUGCAAUCGGCAGCGCGUCCCGGGGAACGGCGCUCGGCGCCUUCGCCCCCCCCGCGGGGAGCGGGCGCGUGAUGGCUGCCUCGGGCGGGAUGCGGCGCGCCGCGCUGGGCUGAGUGGGGCGAGCCGCGGCCGCCCGGCAGGACCAUGCCGUCCGGGAGGGAGCCGGGCGCCCCUCGGCUGCGGGAUCCGAGCGGGGCGGCCGCCCCGGCAGCGCUCGGCAGCGCCUGAGCCCACGUCGCGCCGUCCCCGCGACCCGCCAUGGACGAGCGCUCCAACAGGUGGCUGCUGCCGCCGCUGCUGGCGCUGCUCUUCCUGCUCAUCGUCUACCAGUACGUGUCGCCCGCCUGCCCCGGCGCCGCCUGCCCCCGCCGCCCGGCGGCCUCGGCCGCCCGCCGCGGGGGGGGCCCGGCGGAGCGGGAGGAGGAGGAGGAGGCGGCGGCGCUGCCACGGCUGGCGGCCAAGUUCCCUUUCGCACGGGGAGAGCUGUGCCGGCGGGUGCGGUUCGACAUGCGGGGCCGCGACGUGAUCGUCUUCCUCCACAUCCAGAAGACGGGCGGCACCACCUUCGGGCGGCACCUGGUGCGCAACAUCCACCUGGAACAGCCCUGUUACUGCCGGGCCGGGCAGAAGAAGUGCGCCUGCCACCGCCCGGGCGGCGACAAGGACACCUGGCUCUUCUCCCGCUUCUCCACCGGCUGGAGCUGCGGGCUGCACGCCGACUGGACCGAGCUCACCAGCUGCGUGCCCGCCGCCAUGGAGCGCCGCGGAUGCGCCGGUAACCGCACCCUCAGAAAUUUCUAUUACAUCACAAUGCUGAGAGAUCCAGUGUCAAGGUACUUGAGUGAAUGGAAGCAUGUCCAGAGGGGUGCAACAUGGAAAACUUCCCUUCAUAUGUGCGAUGGAAGAAGCCCAACACCAGACGAGCUGCCUACCUGUUAUGAAGGAGAUGACUGGUCUGGAGUCAGUUUACAGGAAUUCAUGGAUUGUAGCUACAACUUGGCCAACAAUCGCCAGGUGCGCAUGCUGGCAGACCUCAGCCUGGUGGGAUGCUACAACCUGACUUUUAUGAAUGAGAGUGAAAGAAAUAUGAUUCUUCUCCAAAGCGCCAAGAACAAUCUGAAAAAUAUGGCCUUCUUUGGGCUGACAGAAUUUCAGAGGAAAACACAGUAUCUCUUUGAGAGAACAUUCAGCCUGAAAUUCAUUUCCCCAUUCACCCAGUUCAAUGUUACGCGGGCCUCCAAUGUGGACAUUGGCGAGGAUGUGCGGCAACGGAUAGAGGAGCUGAAUUUCUUGGACAUGCAGCUGUAUGAAUAUGCGAAGGACCUGUUCCUGCAGCGCUUCCAGUACUCCAAGCAAGAGGAGCAUCAGAAAAACCGGCUGAAGAGGCGAGAGGAGCGGCGACUGCUGCGGGAGCAGAGAGUUCACCAGUGGCCAAGGGAAGAGGCAGCAGGAGUAGCCAUUACUGAAGAUUAUAACAGUCAGGUUGCAAGGUGGUGAUGCUCCUCCACCUUGACUAACCAAUGAGAGGAUCAGAGAGUUUGUGCAACUUGGCUACCUGGGAAUUAGCCAAGGAAUUACUGCUUUGGUAAAUGAGACCUCGUCUAACAACUGCCCCUCCUUGUCUCAGUUUUUUUUUUUGGUUUCUGCCAGUGAAAAUGUAUUGUUUUCUCAAUAGGUACUGCGUAGUGUUCCUAAAUGGCAGUAGAAUAAGAUUCUCUGUCCAAAAAGACUUCCUUCAAAGCCCUAAGCUACGAGGACGGGUUGAAGAGAGAGCUAUAUCCUUUGCAUUAACAGAUGUACCCUAUACAAUCUGAGCUACUAAAACUUGUGCAGACAUGAAUGAAAAAUUGGGAAAAAAUACCUGGCUUGGCUCCUUUGUGACAUGAGAGCUGGUUUAUUUGGUACUGUUCCUUGCAACUGUAGUGCAUAACUUUCUAGUCAAUGAAAUGGAGGAAGGUACCCACUUUGCCCUCCAAACUUCUACAUGCUGUGUUUCAAUUAAGGGAAGAAUUUGGUGAGGUGAUAAAAAAGACCUAGAAAGUGUGGGAUUGGGACAUUGCUUGUUCUGUUCUGUUAGCCAGCAAGCAGAGAUGGUUUAUAGGUGAAGUGGUGAAGGGGUUAGCUUAUUUCUCUGCAGAUUCUGAGAGUACUGAACCCAGCCGGGUAGCAGCCAUCUUUCUGAGUGUAUGUGGCAAAGGCAAAGUCUUGAAAAAUGAGGUCCAUGUGGCAGCUGGGCACACAUUAUGGAGAUAAUCUGGCUGGAGGCAAUGAAAUCUGCCUUCACAUUCACAAAAGGGAUCAAGCAAACUACAGAGAAGAGGAAAGAGAGAGCAGGAAAAGCUUAAAUAUCAGUGUGACAUUUUCCAGAUUUGCUGUAAAAGCCUGGAGAUAUAUUGUCUGUGAAGUUAGGCAGGUUUAUGAUAUUGUCUGUUAAAAUACAUUGAUACCAAGUGAAUACAAUUUAAAUUGGUUUUCUCUCUAACUACAGUAGUGGCUUUAAAAAAAGCAGCUUUCAUUUUUAUAGGAUACAUAAUGGAUAUGUGGAAAGUCUUGAUAUUUAUUACUCUGUAUGAAAAUUCUUUGUAAAUUUAUUGUUUUCUUGAUGAGAGAUCUGUAUCUGUUUUUCUUCCUUGUCUAGAAAAAUAUUCAAUGGGUUCUUCCUCCACGUGUUACAUUCUUAUGGCUAAACUGCAUCUGUUUAUUCCAAUAUUUUAUGUUUUUUCAUUUGUAACAGUGAAAUUUCAAAAAGAGGGUCCUGUGUAACAUAGAUCUUCUGAGAGUUUUUUUCCUUCUUCUUCUAGCAUAACUGUAAAGCAUUAGGAGGAAAUUUCUCUAAGUGCCUCAACGUGGCUGCUAAAUCGAGAUGCUGAAAGUAUAUUAUUGCAUGCAUGAAUGGCUUUUACCUUACAGAUUUACUAAUUAGAAGUACUGGAGUACCUGAUGUGGAUGCACACUUCUCAUUUGUUUUCAGAAUUUGAGGUUUCUAUCCAGUUGGUUAAAAAAUAGUGCAUUACAUAAAAAAGAGGCUGAAUUUGAAAAUUGAUUCCUUCAUUUCUAAGUUAGGGGGUUUUUUGUGCAUGCUGUAGCUUCUUUUCUUCCGACAAUGCUCUUGCUACUUAUCUAUGCAGGAUAUCAAAAAUACAAUCUAAUGAUCCCAUUGAGAGUUAAUGUAUACAAUAAUACAUUAAACAUGAAGUGUCAUAAUAGCAUGAAGAAGUGAAGGGGGAUACUGGGAUGAUACCUCAUUAUCAAUGUAGUUCAUUAGCAAUACACUGCUUUACAUCUGAUUGUCAAUGUGCUACUUUUGGGGUGAGUAGCAGUGGGUUUUAGUCCCUAAUACCUGUUCCACUGGUGGAUCAUGUGCAUUCAGAAGGGAAAAUGCAGGGCUGCAGAUUGUUAUUCUUCUAUCUGAGCAUGGGAUGUCUGCCUUAGAGAAGUGAGAGGAGCUCUCUAGACUCCCGAAUGGUACUGCUGGGAUCCCCAUCGCUUGGAAGAGGCACUCAGACACCUCACUCAUCUAUGGUCACCUGCCUUCAGAGAUUUAAAUUGAAAUCUUUACAGUCAAGGACUGAAGCUCACUCUGGGUGUCCUGGCUGCAGGACAGUGAGGCCAUGAAGAGCUAAGCCUAACCAGUUUUAUUGCAUCUUUAACUCAGUGCAGGUAAUUCACAGUGAUCUGACAUCUUAUCUGCUGGCACCAGGGCUUUAGGCUGGGCUGGCCCUGGCCCUGCAGAGGAAAGGAGCUUUCUGGGUGGUGACACAGGGGUGAAUGGAACUGUUGCAUCUCCCCAUUCCCACGCUUGUUGCUGCAUCUUUCUGCAGACCACAUAGCAAGAGAGGGGAAGGAUGCUUUUUGCACCUGGUACUCUCUCUCCAGGACUUGCAGGUGCACUUCUUGUUUCCAUGUGCACAGGGAGCUAGGGGUUCUGGGGAGACCCUAAAGGGCGGGAGAGAAGCCAUCCAUGUGGGAAGAGAGAUGCAAGGCCAAAUUCACAUUAAGGAGGAAGGUAAGUGAGGAAGUAAAAUCAGUUCCAACUCUUUUUUUUUUUUGUAAGGCAUCCCUUGCUCUUCCUCCUAAGUGCAAAAAAAAAGUGUCCCCUUCCUCGUGUGGCUGACUUUCCCCAGCAGACCGUCUCUCUAUGCUGCUCACAGCAAUGGGGUCCUCACUUUUAAUUUAGAAAAUGCAGUGCUAUCUUUUCAGGGGUGAAGAAACAGUGCUUCAGAAAUGCUUCUCUGGAGCCUCACCAGUGACUGUAAGUAUUAGUUUUGGCUGUCUAAGGACACCAACUGUUCUCCACUCUAUUCCUUCUGUCUGAUACAAAGCAAAGCCUAAUGAGGAAAAUCUAAGCAGUCUUUAGGCCCUUUACAUUAGCUUUAAUAGUUUGGCAAUAUCAUCAUGCAAUGCCUAACCUCUUCAUCAGUCAUUUCCCAGGAGACAAGAUUAGGUCCUGAAGAGCUGUUAAUGUGCUGUGGCAUCUACCUUAACACUUGGGAUUUAGUUAAAAUUGAAGUUGGUUUGUUGGAUUUUUUUUUCCUCUGGAGCCUGUGUAGCAGAUAGCCCUGGUUGUGCUGGAAUAGGUAUAUCGGUUUUGUUAGUUCGGGGUUUUUUUGAGAGAGGCAGAGAGCUAGCAACUAAGAUCUUGCUCAGAGCCCCUGGGACUGAAGGACUUGGCACUUCCUUCCCCAGCUCCAGCAGUAGAUCAAGCAAACUCACUGCACCAACAAUCCUGUUUUCCUUAGCUGAAUUUCCUGGCACAUGACAAAUAAAGCAGUUUGGAAAUACUUUCAGGCUGACUGCUAAUACACAGGCUUGCAGUUUUUUUCCUCUUGGAUACUGUGCUUGAAAGAAUGUAAUGCAAAAGCAAAAUAAAGGCCCUGCUUCAUAUAUCUGUUAUUCCAGGUUUUCAUUGCUCUGACAGCAUGGACUUCACUGUAAUUACACUGACUCAUAAGAUUGGAGUGCACCAUGUUUCUUUCUAAACCUUCAUGAGCAACAGUGCUAUAGGAUUUCUGUCCAUCUUUCUGGCAUUAUUUUGUUGCUUAAACAAGGCAAUUUGGCUUGUGCUACUGUGGUGCUGAAACAAAUCUCAUUCUUUUGUAGUGGAGAUGUACUUGCUAAUCCUUCCCAUCACAUUCCCAGCAUUGCCUGCCUUUUCCAGUUAUAAUUCACUGUAAGCUUGGAGUGGAUGGAGAAACAUGCUGUGUCAUUAGAACUUGUUUCUGAUAAUUAGAUGUCUAGUCCAAGAACUCAGCUUAUGGCCUUAUGGGCCAUACCUUAUUGAGGAAUGAUAAUUUGUCCUCUUUCCCACUCAUCAAUGAUAACAAUAAAAAGCUUUUUCACAGUUGUGGUGGUUUGACCUUGGCUGGAUGCCAGGUGACCACCAAGCUGCUCUAUCACUCUCCCUUCCCAGCUGGACAGGAGAGAGAGAAUAAGAUGGAAGACAACUCAUAGGUUGAGAUAAGGCAGUUUACUAAAGCAAAAGUGAAAGUUUGUGCAUGCACAAGCAAAAAGACAAAGAAAAAAUUAUUCUCUACUCUCCCUCAGCAAGUGAUGUUCAGCCACUUCCCAGUAAUCGGGGCUUCGGCACAUGUAGCAGUUGCUCCAGCAGGCAAACACUGUAAAUAAUGAAUGCCCACACACACACUUUCCUCUUGCUGUUCUUAGCUUUUAUAUCUGAGCUCACGUCCUAUGGUAUGAAAUAUCCCUUUGAUUAAUUUGGGUCAAAUGACCUGGUUGUGUCCCCUUCUAGGAUAUUGCCCACCCGUCGUGAGAGACAGCACUGAUGCUGUGCCAGCACUGCUCAGCAGUACCCGAAAUAAGGUGUGUUAUCAACACCCUUCCAGCUACCAAUAGAAAACAUAACACUGUGAGGGCUGCUGUGGGAAAAUUAACUCCAUCUCAGCCAGACCCAAUACAA